UCAGUUAUUAUUUUGGCUAGACAUUCGAUAAUGGAACUCAGGGAAUUUUAUAUUUUCAGUGUUUUAUUUUUAAACUCAAUUUUAGUGUCUGUAAACGGUUGCGAGAAAGCACGAUAUGAUAAUUAUCGAGUUUAUGAACUUUUCAUUGCGAAUCAAGAGCAGCUUGACUUGCUGAAGCAAAUUGACGAAUAUCCUGAUGGUUAUCGAAUCAUAGAGUAUCCUGGCACAGUCAAUAAAGAUGUACAACUUAUUGUUCCACCACAUAAAUUUGCUGAUUUCAGUGAACUUGUUCAGACAUUCCAAAUCAAGUCACGUUUGAUGAUAACAAACCUUCAAGAAGUACUUGAUAAUGAACAGCCAAAUCUUAAAAGAAGUAGUUCCUUUGAUUGGACUCGAUAUUGGAAAUUAUCUGAAAUUAAUGAUUGGCUUAAUCAACUUGUUAUCGAACAUCCAAAUAAUACGGAACUGAUAAAAAUUGGUGAAUCAUAUAAAGGUCUAGAAAUAUUGGGUUUGAAGCUCAAUAUCGGUAAAGUCAGUGGAAAAAAGCAAGUGAUUUUUGAAGGCACAAUGCAUGCACGAGAAUGGAUAUCUGGAGCUGUUGUAACGUGGAUGUUAAAUGAAUUAAUCACAUCUGAAGAUCCUGAUGUUAAAGAGCUUGCUGCAACUUAUGAAUGGAUUGUAAUUCCAGUUGUAAAUGUUGAUGGAUAUGAAUUUACAUGGAAGUCCGAUAGAUUAUGGCGAAAAACUCGCAGACCAUCAAGUUUGCUCUGCUUUGGAGCUGACCCUAAUCGAAAUUGGGAUAAUUUCUUUAAUAAAGGUGGAACAUCUCUGAAUCCAUGUAGUGAUCUUUAUGCUGGUUCUCAUCCUUUCUCAGAACCUGAAACAAAGCAAUAUUCUGAUUACAUUGCAAAGCUUCCAAAUCUUUCUGCUUAUUUCAGUUUUCAUGCAUAUAGUCAACUUCUAAUGCUGCCUUAUGGAUACACACAUGAACUUUUAGAAAAUUAUGAUGAACUUUAUGAAAUCGGAUUGAAGGCACUUGAAUCAUUGAGAUCUCGUUUUCGAACGGAAUAUAGAUUAGGAAGCAUAGCUAAUAUUAUAUAUGUAGCAACUGGAAGCUCUCUAGAUUGGGUGAAGUACAACUUGCAUACAAAUGUGACCUAUGCAUAUGAGUUGAGGGACCGAGGACAAUAUGGAUUUGUAUUGCCUGCUUCACAAAUUAUUGACACUUCAUUAGAAACUUUUGAUUCAAUUGUGACUAUAAUGAAGGAAUCUAAGAUUAAAGGAAUAAUUUAGAAAAAUAAAUCAGCUUUAAAAUCAAAA